AUGACGCUGCCUCUACCACCAAAGGAGAACAGCUGGCGCAGCCGGCUGUCCGACAUGCACGCGUCCAGUGACACGAUCGAUUCCCAGACGCAGCUGUUCGAUUCAACGGGGUCUUCAGCCGUGAAGGGAGCCACAAGAGGUGCAAAGAGAGACCUACCGUGGGACGAAGCCGGUGUGCACAACCUAGCCCAAGUCCUCACGGCGCAAUCUGUAUCCCCCGACUGCGACUCCCCAUUCGACCCGAACAACCAAACGUGCCUGAAUCCCAACAGUCCAGAGUUCAAAGCUCGCGACUGGGCCAAAGCCUUCUACAAUAUCCGAUAUACGGCCGAGGGGCUCUCUCCGCGGAUGGCCGGUUUUGCCUUUCGCAACCUCAACGUGCACGGCUAUGGCACGGCGACCGACUACCAGAUGAGUGUGGGCAACGCGGCCCUGAAGCUGGGCUCCAACCUGGCCAAUCUUCUGGGAAUUACUAAGAAACCGCGGGUCAACAUCCUUCAGGGGCUCGAUGGGCUGGUCCUGCCCGGGGAACAGCUCUGUGUGCUAGGUCCUCCUGGAUCAGGUUGCUCGACCUUCUUGAAGAGCAUUGCCGGUGACACGCUGGGACUGGAGGUUGAUCCAGAGACCUUCCUUAAUUAUAAUGGCAUAACCGCCAAGCAGAUGAUGACCCGGUUUCGGGGCGAGGCGAUCUAUACGGCCGAAGUCGACCAGCACUUCCCCAUGCUCACUGUGGGUGAGACCCUGUACUUCGCGGCGCUGGCGCGCGCCCCCCGUACGAUCCCCGGUGGUCUCAGUCGGGAAGAAUAUGCAACCCACUUACGAGAUGUCAUUAUGGCCAUGUUCGGCAUCAGCCAUACCAAAGAUACCCGGGUGGGCAAUGACUUCGUGCGUGGAGUGAGUGGAGGCGAGAGGAAACGGGUGACCAUUUCCGAGGCGGCCCUCAGCUACGCUCCCUUGCAAUGCUGGGAUAACAGCACGCGAGGGCUGGAUAGCGCCAACGCUAUCGAGUUCUGCAAGACCCUGCGUCUGCAAAGCGAUAUUUUUGGUACGACCUCUUGCGUUGCGAUCUACCAAGCCCCGCAGGCGGCGUACGAGCUCUUUGAUAAAGUCAUCGUCCUCUAUGAGGGUCGUCAAAUCUACUUCGGUCGGGCCUACGAGGCAAAAGCCUACUUCGAGGCCCUCGGCUUCGAGUGUCCCGAGUCUCAGACGACCCCAGACUUUUUGACUUCCAUGACGAGCCCGACGGAACGAGUCGUCAAACCAGGCUACGAACAUCUGGUGCCGCGAACGGCUGAUGAGUUUGCUCAAAGAUGGAGAGACAGCCCUGAGCGCAGGGACUUGUUGAAUCAGAUCCAACGAUAUACGGUCGAUCAUCCGUUUGACAAUGCCGAUAUGCGCCGCUUUGCGGAAGCAAGGAAAUCCGAGAAAUCUACGAAACAACGGGAAAAGUCCCCGUAUACCCUCUCCUACUGGCGACAAAUUCAACUUUGUAUAUGGAGAGAGUUUCGUCGACUCAAGGCUGACCCCGGGGUGAGCAUAUUUAGCAUGGUGCUGAGCCUGGCUCAAUUCACGAUUAUCGCCAGUGUUUUCUAUAACCUACAACCGGUCACCGCGUCAUUAACCCAACGCGGAGCACUCAUGUUCAUGAUGAUCGUGAUGACUGCCCUUUCAAGUAUGUUAGAGAUCAUGGCCCUUUAUGAGAAACGGAGUGUUGUGGAAAAGCACAGUCGCUAUGCCUUGUAUCAUCCAAGCGCAGAGGCCAUCGCGUCAUCGGUCACGGAUAUCCCAAGCAAGAUUCUCACAUGUGUCUGCUCCAACAUUGUCAUCUACUUCAUGGCGAACCUUCGUCGGACACCCGAGGCCUUUUUCUUUUAUCUGCUCACGGCAUUCACCACCUUGAUGUGUAUGUCCAUGUUCUUUCGGUUUUUUGCCUCCAUCACCAAGACUAUCGCGCAGGCGUUGGCCCCAGUGGCCAUUAUCAAUCUUGGGCUCUCUCUGUACACUGGGUUCGCGAUUCCGACUCCAUAUAUCCUAGGCUGGUCGAAGUGGAUCAAGUACAUCAACCCGAUCUCGUACGCGUUCGAGGCAAUCAUGGUCAACGAACUCCAUGGCCUGGACUUGCCGUGCUCAUCCUUUGUUCCCUCGGGCCCGGGUUAUGAAGACGUCGAUCCCAUGGGACGUAGUUGUUCCACCGUUGGUUCGGUCCCUGGGUCACCCAAUGUUAGUGGAGAUGCUUUCCUCGAACAGUCCUACGAAUACGCGUGGAGUCACCGCUGGCGAGACUUCGGUAUCCUUGUUGGAUUCACCGUUUUCUUUACCAUGUUUUACCUGAUCGGGUCGGAACUGGUGACUGGAGAGCGUUCCAAAGGAGAGGUCCUCGUCUUCCGUCGGAACCACAUGCAUCACAACCGGGUCAGGCGGCAGCAAGUCGACGAAGAACAGACUGAGCCUGGCUCGCCAUUCAGUGAGAAGGCUGAAAAGUCCAGUGCGCAAUUUUCUCAGGUGGAGAAGCAGACUGCGGUGUUCCACUGGCAGAACGUCUGCUAUGAUAUCACUGCCAAUGGAGAACAGAAGCGCCUGCUUGAUAAUGUAGAUGGAUGGAUCAAGCCAGGUUCGCUGACAGCAUUGAUGGGCGUUUCCGGUGCAGGAAAGACGACUCUUCUUGAUGUCCUUGCGAGCCGCAAGACAACCGGAGUUAUUACCGGGGACAUGCUCGUGGAUGGGCGACAACGCGAUGGCUCAUUCCAACGGAAAACGGGCUACGUGCAGCAGCAAGAUCUCCAUCUCUCGACAUGCACGGUGCGUGAGGCGCUCGAGUUCAGUGCCCUUCUCCGCCAGCCGAGUCACUACACGCACCAGCAGAAAUUAGACUAUGUCGAUACUGUUAUCGAUCUCUUGGGUAUGGAGGAGUAUGCGGACGCUGUCGUCGGCGUACCUGGCUCAGGUCUCAAUGUUGAACAACGAAAGCGUCUUACCAUCGGCGUCGAGCUCGCAGCACGACCGAAGCUACUUCUUUUCCUUGAUGAGCCUACAUCCGGUUUAGACAGUCAGACGUCAUGGUCUAUUUGCAAUCUCAUGGAAAAGUUGACGAACAACGGUCAGGCCAUUCUGUGCACCAUCCACCAGCCAUCGGCCAUGCUGUUCCAGCGAUUUGACCGGUUGCUUCUCCUAGCCAGUGGCGGUAAAACUGUCUACUUCGGGGAGAUCGGGCGGAACUCGAAGAUACUCAUGGACUAUUUUGUCCGGAAGGGCGGCGCCCCCUGUCCCCCCGGCGUCAACCCUGCCGAGCAUAUGUUGGAAGUCAUCGGCGCGGCCCCGGGUGCAAAGUCCGAUAUUGACUGGCCCACCGUUUGGCGUGAGAGUGAGGAGUACCGCGAAGUCCAUCGCGAGCUCGAAAGGCUCAGAGAGCUCGCCAAUCAUCCCUCCGCGGUGGUUGACCCGAACGACAAAUCAAUCUAUGAGGAGUUUGCUGCCCCGUUCACGACGCAGGCCUACCUCGUUACUCUCCGAGUUUUCCAGCAAAUGUGGCGUACCCCAUCAUAUAUCUACUCCAAAAUACUGCUUUGCCUCGGCUGCGCUCUCUUCAUCGGCUUCUCGUUCUUCAACAGCAACAACACUGCUCAGGGUCUGCAAAACCAGAUGUUUGGAACAUUCCUGUUCCUUAUAAUUUAUGUCCAGCUCAUCCAGCAAAUUAUGCCGAUGUUCGUCACCCAGCGAACUCUGUAUGAAGCACGAGAACGUCAGUCGAAGACAUACUGCUGGCAGUCCUUCAUCCUGUCCAAUCUGUUCGUCGAGCUGGCCUGGAACACCCUCAUGGCCGUCGGUUCCUUUCUUGUCUGGUAUUAUCCUAUGGGGGUGUGGCGCAACGCGCUCUACACUGAUGCCCUAAACUCCCGCAGCAUGCUAGCCUUCCUAGUCAUAUGGGAGGGUUUCCUCUACGCCACCUCCGCGUCAUACUUGUUCAUUGCCGGCAUGGACAGCGACCAAGCAGCUGGCGGUGUCUCCAUGCUGUGCAACAUAAUGGGCUUCAUAUUCUGCGGCAUCCUGGCCAGUCCCGACACCUUGCCCCGGUUCUGGAUCUUCAUGUACCGUGUCAGUCCCUUCACCUAUAUUGUCAACAGUUUCCUGACUACCGCCCUGGCCAAUGCCCCCAUGUACUGCUCCCCUGCCGAGAUGCUCUCCUUUGCCGCCCCGCAGAACCAGACGUGCGCGCAGUACAUGGCCUCCUACAUGGAAACCGCCGGCGGCUAUCUCGUCAACCCGGACACCAAGGGCGGCGGUACCGAGAACUGCCAGUUCUGCGCCAUGGACAGCACAAACCAGUUCCUCAAAAACGUCAAUCUGAACUUCGAGAACCGCUGGCGCGACUUGGGCAUCGUGUGGGCGUAUAUUGUGUUCAACACCGCCGGAGCGAUUUUCUUUUACUGGCUUGUGCGUGUGCCCAAGGGGAAGAAGCUGAAGUCAUCCUAA